UAGAGAAUCAUACCACCAUCAUCUCGACAUGUCGCGGGUUCAAAUCUUGCAGCUGCGACGCCAGAAGUUCUCUUCGGUCAUGCUUGUUCUACUGCAUCAGUUGUGAAAAACUUUUGAAAGCUGCGAAAGCUGCGAAAGCGCAGGCGUAGCGCAAGGCACUUGAUGGAGUAGCAGCAUACAAUAAUAAGAGCUGCUUCUCGUCCUACACAUAGGCCUCCAAGGAGCAAGUCCCCUUCUAUGUGGACGGGGCAGAUGGAUACGAUGACGACAUGUUUUUGAACUAGACCCUCAACAAAAUGGCGAAGUUUUCAAGAGCUAGAAUCAAACAGGAACUUUAUCAUGCCAGACGCUGCACAAGAGCUGGACCACAUAUAGCAAACUUGUUGAUCCCCUAUUCUGCGCCAGCAUAAUUCAGAUGAGAUGAUGGUUCCAUCCAUUACUCGGCCCGGCCUGCUUGCCACUCCCCCUGGCAAACCCAGGCCCUUCCAGCAAGCCCAGGCUCACAAAACCCCUCAGAGAAAAGUUAGGAUUGCAAUUGGAGUGGUCAUAGCUCUGCUGCUCCUCUCCGCAUUCCUGUGGCAAUGGGAGGCCGCGCUUUUGAAGCGGUUCCUUGAGGCGCCGCGCUAUCUGCAGCGUCAGAAGUAUGCAGACAGGAGAAUAGUGUCGCCGCCAGACCUGUGGGAUGAUCCUAUCAAUGAGGAGGGAUGGGUGCCUUGCCUUGAAAGGGAUCCCGGGUACCGCAAGCCCGUUCACAUGGGGAAGUAUGCCUCCUUUUACCUGGACGGGGGACUAGGCCAACAAGCUUGGGAGCUGUGCUACGGGGUUGUCCUAGCGCGGCUGCUCAACGUGACCAUGAUACUACCUUCGCUGACUGUCGAUCCCUACUGGAAAGACCCCACUCCAUUCGAGGCCAUUUUCAACAUCUCUCACUUCGUGGAAACGCUGAGAGACGACAUCCUGACCGUCAACGUGACGGAAUUACCGCCGGAACUCCAAGACGCCGAGACGACGUGGUACCGUGACUUCUGGGGCGUCUGGAAAGGCGCGCCCGAGGUGUACCUGCGGGACGCCCUUCCGCUUUUUCAGAACAACACCGUGGUCCAGUUCGUGAGCAUGUGGCAGUCGCUCGAUGACGACACGCUCUCUGCGGAGCAGCUCAAGCUCGCAUGCCGCGCAAAGUUUGAGGCGCUCAGGUUUUCGGACCCAAUUUUGGAUCUUGGCAACAACCUCCUGAAGCGCAUGCGGCAGCGCGCUCGGGGACCCUUUCUGGCGGUGCAUCUGCGGUUCGAAGAAGACAUGCUGGCGCACUCGGGUUGCGUCUACUGGGGGGGCGUGGAGGAACAAGAGCGGUGGGCGGAAAUGCGGCGGAAGCGGGAAUGGCCGGUUCCGACCAAGUCGGACUUCGAAUUGCGGGAUCACGGGAAAUGCCCGCCGUCGCCGGAGGAGAUCGGCACGUGGCUCCAGGGGUUAGGAUUUGAUAGCAGCACGCGGAUAUAUAUGGCCGCGGGUAAGUUAUACGACGAGAAGCGCGCAAUGGCGCCGUUCUAUGCGAUGUUUCCGCAUGUGUUUACGAAGGACAUGCUCGUGACUAGUAAAGAGGCCGCGUACAUGCGCGGGAAGAGUAAUAUACGUGCGGCCGUUGACAUGCACGUGUUGGUAAACGCGGAUGUGACGGCGCUGACGUUUGAGGGGAUGAUGGGGGAGAUAGUGCAAGGGCACCGAAAGUGGUUAGGGCAUAAGAAGACAAUGAAAGCACCCGCUUUUGGGUUUAACAAGUUCGGAGGGUCGGACAUGGGGUCAUUGAGCUUGGGUAACAACACUUGGGAGUUCUUUAGCCACGAGAUGAGAGGGUGGACGUAUAUGGAGGCGGGCGAUGGGGCGCCAAUGAGGCGGCAGGAUAGAAGUUGGUCGGAGGCACUAUUUGCAAACCCCCUGCCGGAUUGCAUGUGUUCAAAAGCCCGUAACAACAGGACUGCCACUGAUUCUACUAAUCAAUGAAGCUUAAUGCUAGGCUACUAUAGCACAGGUUCAGGUGUACGUCCAGGUCAUCGAAAGGGGACCUCUAAUUUAUGCUGAGCUGCUGCGCUUUUGCGGCAUUAGGACCAGGAUUGAAAGCAGGCUCUGUUGGUGCCCGAGAACUUUUCGGCACAUUGCGGGAUUGAUCGAGUUCGAUGGCAGAGACUCUAGAAGUCGCAUCCACGGUUCAAUGGGCUUCAAGGGAUUGCACGCCAGAAGAUUCACAUUCUUGGACGGUUUCAGCAUGCG